CUGGCCCUGCGUGUCCUCCAAUGGCUCGUGCCGUGGACUGCUGGGUUCCCCCCCAUGCUCAGCAUGCCCUUUUCUGGACCUUUCCAGGUAUCACUCUGGAGCUCGAGGCCAUCCUGUAGGGUAAGGUGAUCCUGCCAAGGUGCUGCCUGUGCCAGGCUGCUCUCCCAGCUAGCGCACGUCUCUCGUCCCUGGUAGGAAAUGGAGUCCAAGGUCUCCGAAGGCGGUCUCAACGUCACCCUCACCAUCCGGCUGCUGAUGCACGGCAAGGAAGUGGGAAGCAUCAUCGGGAAGAAAGGAGAGACCGUGAAGAAGAUGCGUGAGGAGAGUGGGGCAAGGAUCAACAUCUCAGAGGGGAACUGCCCUGAGCGGAUUGUGACCAUCACUGGCCCCACUGAUGCCAUCUUCAAGGCUUUUGCCAUGAUUGCCUACAAAUUUGAGGAGGACAUAACCAACUCCAUGAGCAACAGCACCGCUACCAGCAAACCUCCAGUGACACUGCGGCUGGUGGUGCCAGCGAGUCAGUGUGGCUCUCUCAUUGGCAAGGGGGGCUCCAAGAUCAAGGAAAUCCGAGAGUCCACAGGUGCUCAGGUCCAAGUGGCGGGGGACAUGCUGCCCAACUCCACGGAGCGGGCGGUGACAAUCUCAGGGACACCCGAUGCAAUUAUACAGUGUGUCAAACAGAUCUGUGUGGUGAUGCUGGAGGUACAGUCUGUAACAAAGAGGUCCCCACCAAAAGGUGCCACCAUUCCCUACCGCCCAAAGCCCGCCUCCACCCCUGUCAUUUUUGCAGGUGGUCAGGCCUAUACAAUUCAGGGACAAUACGCUAUUCCACACCCAGAUCAGUUGACCAAGCUCCACCAGUUGGCUAUGCAGCAAACCCCCUUUACUCCCCUUGGACAGACCACCCCCGCUUUCCCUGGAGAAAAGCUGCCCUUACAUUCCUCCGAAGAAGCUCAAAAUCUGAUGGGCCAGUCAUCAGGUUUGGAUGCCAGUCCCCCGGCCAGUACUCAUGAACUCACCAUUCCCAAUGAUCUAAUAGGCUGCAUAAUCGGACGCCAAGGGACCAAAAUCAAUGAAAUUCGGCAGAUGUCGGGAGCGCAGAUCAAAAUCGCAAAUGCCACAGAAGGGUCAUCGGAGCGCCAAAUUACCAUCACAGGAACCCCUGCAAACAUCAGCCUUGCACAGUACCUCAUCAACGCCAGGCUGACGUCUGAGGUCACUGGAAUGGGCGCACUCUAAUUUCCACCCACCAUCCUCCACUCCGCACCACCCGACCCUCUCCAGCCACCGGCACUCCACCCAGCCUGUACUGCCUGUACAUUUACCGUCUUCCCUUUGCCUCCACAGAUACUCUUUUCUUUACUAACGUAUAUAUAUAUAUAUAUAUAUAUAUAUAAAAAAACACACGGGUGCAUAUGCACACACUGAAACGUUUCUUUACAAGCUCUUUUAUCUGUGCUCCCGAAGCUGCUCUGAAACUCUUUGGUUAUGGUCCUUGUUUUCAGCGUUAGGGUGUUAAUUCUUCAUCUGCUUCAUCUGCUUUUUGGGGACAAGGGGGGGGGGGGGGGGGGAGCAUUGUUUUUUUCUCUCACUGGCAAGACUUCAGGAGCUGGCAGGGUCUCUAGUGCCAGUCUAGAAUAGCUACCUAUACGUUGGAGCUGACGUUGGCGGUACUUUCUGUAGCAUAUGGACAUAAUGAUGGCACCCAGAGCUGUGCAUGUUUCAGACAACUUAAUUUUUCUCACCCUCCUUCCUUUGGUGCUCCCCCUUGCUUGUCCUGGCUCACCUUUGCUGCCUCACGCCCCCGCCCUUAGGGUAAGGGCAUAUUUUCACCCUGUGUUAUUUGGGAAGCAGAAGCCAAGUAUGGGUUCAGCCUGCAGGCUUCUCUCUUGAAACAUGGCAUGGUCCAAUCAAGCCCAUUUUCCUACUAAAGUAAGGGAAUCACACACACACAGAUACACACAAAUGCUCUGGGUUUUUUUAACUAACAAGCACCUAGAAGUGUGAAGAACUCAGCUGUAUGGGAUUCAUACCCCCAGGGGCCUUUGAAAGCACUCUUUUGGCAAUACCCCACAAGCAAAACCUCAGGAAGCUCUGUGAGCCAGCUGUGUUUGUCAUUGUUUGUGUUCAAUAAAUGUCUGUUCAGCUCUGGUA